AUGGAGACAUACAACGGUCUCGUCCGCACCCCUACAGACGCCAUCAUCCUCUUUGAGGCUUGCAGAUUAGGCAUACUACCUCGAGUCCAGCGGAGACUAUCAGAGAAAGAAAGACAGUCGAUCAGAUCCGGUUCGGUCUUUGUCUGGGAUGAGCGAGAGGCGGGAAUGCGGAGAUGGACUGAUGGAAAGAGCUGGAGCGCAAGCCGCGUCUCGGGCAGCUUUUUGACCUACCGCGAAAUGGAGGGUAAAAGAGGGGGGAACUCAUAUACCAAUCCGGCCAGGCCGGGCACAAAAACUCCAGAAGCUGCUCAAGAUGAUCCUUCACAGGCCGGCGAGGGAGAGGAGGGGCCAGACGGGUAUCGCUACAAACCGGACGGUCUGAUGAAGCAGUCCUUCAGCAUCACCACUUCCCAAGGCCAACAUCUGCAUCUCAUCAGCUAUUACUCCCGGUCACACCCAACCUCCCAAGUACUGCGACAACCAAGCACCGAUCCCAAUCUGGCUUCCAUUCAACCAGCGAAAGGCAUGUAUCCGGAAUCGACCAUCAACGAUCAAUCAGCCGUCCCCCCUGUCACUCGGUCACCCAUGAUUGGCGCCCCAGGAUAUAUUAUGACUCCAGGCGCCCCAGGAUACCACCGUCCUCCUCCGCCACAAGCGUACAUUCCGCCGGGCUACAUCCCUCAUCCAGCGUACAUCUACCCGAUCAGUCCCAUGCACACCCCUCCUCCUGGACACUACUUGCCAUAUGCUCUUCAGCCCGGCUUACCCCCGCUCGCAUAUUCCGCGGCGCCCUAUCCUUCACCACACCCUUUGCCUCUCAACCAAGCACCGCCAUCCUCGUAUGAUCAGCGGCCUCUACGACACUCGGAGUCCCGGCCUUCAGGGCCUCCUCCUUUACCGCCGGCCACCUCGGCGCAAUCCCCACUGCCCACAUACACUGUUAGCCAACCUCCUCCGCCACUGUACCAGUCUGGCCCUGCUCCGCCUGUAAAUGGAAAAGCUCCCGAAGCUUCUAAUGAAAAUGCCGGCUCUGGGCUACAAAUAGAUCCGCGGCUGACUGCCACUACUAAUGGAGGCGAUGCCCAGACCAACGGUGCCAACAGCAAGAAUGAAGAGAAUCCGUCCGGAGCGCAACCUUCUGAUUCCACAACUGUGAGCGCCAGUCAAGCCCCCACUAUCACCGCACUCGUCCACAAUAUCAACACGAAGGUUCCUCCUGCAGACAAAAGUCAAAACGAGGCGGAAGCGGACCGGCAAGGAAGUACGAGCCCGGGCGGAACCAAGAAUGGAGUGCUACCACAGGAUAUUCCCAGUGAGAAACUAGGCUUUCGGGAGGACAAGAGAGCCUUGAGCAAGCUGGACCGCGUAUUAUUUCAACCAGGUCAGAUUUAG